AUGGCCAAGGCCAAAGAGCUCUCUAGGGAUGUCAGGGACAAGAUUGUAGACCUGCACAAGACUGAAAUGGGCUACAAGACCACCACCAAGCAGCUUGCCAGGAUGUCUAUGAAAAGCACAAAGGGGGGAGCAGAAAGUAACCUGUCCUCUGCUACCAGCUCAAAGUCGAGGUCCCCAGGGGCUCAGGGCAGGAGCUCUGGAGAGGCGGAGCCUCGACGGAGCAGCAAGAGGAGCAGCAACAGCUCAGCGGUGGCUGCCGCCUAUAUCUCCUACCUCAACAAACUCUUUGGACAGGAGCGAGAUCUGAUGCCAGGGGAGUUGGAUGAGCUACAGGAGGCCUUUAAGGAAUUUGACUACGAUGCGGACGGUUUCAUCCAUUACAAAGACAUAGCAGACUGCAUGAGGACCAUGGGCUACAUGCCUACAGAGAUGGAGCUCAUCGAGAUCAUCCAGCAAAUCAAGAUGAAAUGGGGUGGGCAUGUAGACUUCGAUGAUUUCUGUGCUCUAAUGGGGCCAAGGAUGCUGGCUGAGACAGCUCACAUGGUCGGGCUGAAGGAGCUCCGCUGUGCCUUCAAACAGUUCGACUGUGAUGGCGAUGGAAAGAUCACGUUGGAUGAACUCAAAGAGGGUAUGAAGACCCUCCUGGGGGAGAGGCUGAAGAAAGGUGAGCUGGAGGAGAUCCUCUCCGACAUUGACCUCAACAAAGACGGCAACAUCGACUUUGACGAGUUUGUUAUGAUGCUCUCUGCACGAUGA